AUGCUGCUGCUCUCUCGUCUGCGCGCCCGCGUGCCGCUGCGGCCGUCAGCUUUGAUUUUGCGAAGCUGCUCUUCCCACGCUGUUGAACCAGACAAAGCCAAGUCAGCUGUGCGUGUUCGCUACGCUCCGAGCCCCACCGGUUACUUGCAUCUGGGCGGUCUGCGCACUGCGCUCUUUAAUUAUCUGUUCGCCAAGAGCUCCGGAGGACAGUUUAUCCUGCGUAUUGAGGAUACGGAUAAAACGCGUCAAGUUGAAGGAUCGGUGGAGGCGCUUGUGAACAGCCUCAAGUGGUGUGGCGUAGAGGAGGACGAGGGUCCAAACGCUGGUGGCCCGCACGGUCCGUACAUUCAGUCGCAGCGACUUUCGAUUUACAAAGAGGCAGCCGAGAAACUUAUUGAGAAUGGCCACGCCUAUCGAUGCUUCUGUACGAGUAAGCGUCUGCAAAAGCUGCGUGAAUCCCAGACGCGUCAUGGCGAGGCGACAAUGUACGACCGUGCGUGUCUCGGUCUCGAUGAGAAGGAGGUGGAAGCGCGAGUGGCUCGUGGAGAAUCACACACGAUUCGGCUGAAAAUUCCUGAUGGCAAGACGGUUGUGAAAGAUCUGUUGCGAGGAUACGUGCAGUUCGAGCACGCCGGUAUUGACGACCAGGUUCUCAUGAAGAGCGACGGCUAUCCGACAUAUCACCUUGCCAACGUGGUGGACGACCAUGCCAUGCGCAUUUCUCAUGUUAUCCGUGGUGAAGAAUGGCUGCCAUCGACGCCGAAGCACGUUAUCUUGUAUAAGGCCCUGGGGUAUGAGGCUCCAACUUGGGCGCACUUGGGUCUUCUACUAAAUGAAGACCGCUCGAAGCUGUCAAAGCGUCAGGGAGACGUCGCCGUUGAGGAUUUCAGGGACAAGGGAUUUAUCCCAAGUGGCCUUGUAAAUUUUGUUGCUCUUUUGGGCUGGAACCCCGCUGGCGGCAACAACCAAGAGAUUUUCCAGAUGAACGAGCUGGAGAAACACUUUUCUAUCGAUCACGUGAACAAAGCGGGGUCAGUUGUCAACGUCGAUCGUCUCCGCUGGAUUAACUCUCGUCACGUGCGCGCGCUGUUUGCCGAGGAAACCACAACUGACGAGCACAAGUUAGCUGUCGUGAACGAUGUGGUGUCGAUGUGUUCAUCGUCUUUUGAAGAAGUAGGCGUAUCCUCCACUCCAUCUGACCUAGUCGAGAAGUUCGGUGUAAAUUACGUGUGGCGAGCGAUGGAUCUGAUGAAGGAACGCGUGAGUGCAUUACCUGAAUUCGGUCCCCUCUGUGUCCCGUUCUUCACUGAGCCCGAUCUCAGUUCGUCGGUCGCACGAGAAAUGAAGGCCAAGUAUAUCGAUGAGAGCACACCCGAGCUUGUAGCGGAUGUCAGUGCAAACCUGCGCAAUCUUUCGGAUGAAGAGUUUACACCAGAUCAUAUCACGAAGAGUAUCAAGGUUGUUGCAAAAAGCCGAAAGUUGGGGCUGAAGAAGGUGCUGAUGCCUAUUCGCUACUACUUGACGGGCAUGGAUGUCGGUGCUGGACUUGGUGAUACGAUUGAGCUGCUAGGCCGUGACACUGUGCUACGACGUUUAAAACUCGAGUAA